AUGGAAGCAAUAAUGAAAAAGUUGGGUAAUGGAGAGCUUUUUGGAAAGAUAAUUUAUUAAAUGUUGGAGGUAUAUAUGAUGAGAAUGGAUUAAAGUAAGGAAGUUGGAUAGAUAUUGGAUUUGAAUACUGGAAGUAAGUUAAUAUAUAGAAUAAGUGAAUGUUAAACAACUUAUGUUGGAUCUUACAAAGAUGGGAAAAAAAUUGGUAAAUGGAAUAUUUUAUUUGAAAACUAAAUUUAGUAUGAAAUUUCUUAAUACUUUAGUGGUGGAGGUUAAUAUGAUGAAAAAAGUAAUUUAAAAAUUGGAUAAUGGAUUGAAUUAUAUGAGAAUUUUUGGAAGUAAUUCUAUUAAUUCAUACUAUAAUAGUUAAUGUCAAGUUACUAAAAUUGGAGAAUAUAAAAAUGGAAAUAGGGUAGGAAGAUGGGAUUUUUUAUUUGAAAAUAACAUUCUGUAAAUUUUUUAAUUUAUAUCUUAGGGGUGGAGGAGUUUAUGAAUCUGGUGUUAAAAUUGGUAAAUGGGUAGAUUUGUAUUAAGAUUUUUAAAAGUAUCAAAUAAUAAUAAUGAAGUUGUUGCUAAGUAAUAUAAAAAGGAGAAUAUUAAAAUGGAAUUAGAUAUGGUGAAUGGGAAACAUUAUUUAGAGAAUAUUCAAAUGAAGAAUUUAAAAUAAUGUUUUUUAUGUUAUAAAAUAUCAUUUAGUGGAUUAGAAACAUAUGAUUAGGAAUAAGGAAUUAAUAAAGUUGAUUUACAUAGAAAUUUCAAUUUGUAAUAAUUUAAUUAAUAAUAACAAAAAAGAUGGUGUUAAGUAAUAUCUAAAGGAGUUUUUAAAUAAGACAAAAGAUAUGGAAAUUGGGAUAUCUUAUAUAGAUAUAGUUCUAAACAUUAAUUUGAAACAAUGUACAUUUAUAAUAAAAAUGUAAAUAAAGAGGAGGAGGAUUGUAUGAUAUGAAAAAUGGGGAAAAGAAUGGGAAAUGGAUUGAAUUACAUGAACAUUUUAAGACAGAGUAAUUAAUAUUUACUAAUAUCUUAAGUCUAUGUGAGAUUAUUUAUUUAGGAGAAUAUAUAGAUGGAAGAAAAGCGGGCAGAUGGAACAUUAAAUUUAGAGUUGAUAGUGAUUAAGAUUUUGAAACAAUGUAUAUUUCUAAUAGAUUUUUAGUGGGGGAGGAUUAUAUGAUGAUUUAAAUGGUUAGAAAAUUGGCGAAUGGAUUGAUUUACAUGAGAAUUAUGACAGAGAGUAUCAAUUUUCAUUUAAAAUAUAUUAAAGUUGGUGUUAAAUUAAGUAUAAAGGUAUUUAUAAAAAUGGAAUUAAAAAUGGAAAAUGGGAUAUUCAUUUUAGAGUAGCUGUCGAUGAAGAAUUCAUUGUUAUGUAAAUUAUGUAUUACAAUAUAAAAAAGUGGAGGAGGUCAUUAUAAUGGAAAUAAUGGGUUGAAGCAAGGAGAAUGGUUAGACUUACAUCCAAAUUUUAGUUGGUAUAAUUUCAUAUUAAUAUAGCCAUAAUUAGAUAAUGCUGAAAGGACAAUAUUAGAAUGGGGAAUGUUAAGGAAAUUUCACAGAAUUAAAAUUAGAAUGA